AUGCAUCAACUUCUGCUCACACGGCCAAUCGCAAUCUUUUCAUUAGCCCUCCUCUUGAGCACCACUAUAUUCUUCAUACCGGUUUUUUUGCACCCUAAAAACCCUUAUUCUUCUUCUUCUUCUCCUUCUCAAGAGCAGCAAUCAAUGGCUGCUGCUCGUAGCUUUGUACUAUGGCUUCAUGGAUUGGGUGACUCAGGCCCUGCCAAUGAGCCCAUCAAGACUCUCUUUACUGCUCCUGAAUUUCGUACCACCAAAUGGUCUUUCCCUUCUGCUCCUAUUUCCCCUGUCUCCUGCAACUACAAGUCAGCCGUUGUUGUGGAUGUAGUUGAGGAUGGCUGUUGCAUUGUUUGUCGAAAUGGUAUGACGGAUUAUGGAGGAGAACUAUAUGGUGCUAAAAUGCCAUCAUGGUUUGACAUCCAUGAGAUUCCUGUUACAGCUGAUUCUCCAAAAGAUGAAAGCGGUUUGUUGAAAGCUGUUCGGCAUGUGCAUACAAUGAUAGACAAGGAAAUAGCUGCUGGGAUAAAUCCUGAGAAUAUAUUUGUAUGUGGGUUUAGCCAAGGAGGUGCCUUGACCUUGAGUAGUGUUCUGCUGUAUCCAAAAACUCUAGGAGGUGGCGCGGUAUUCAGUGGAUGGGUUCCCUUUAAUUCUUCUAUCAUGGAACAGAUUUCACCAGAUGCAAAGAGGACACCUAUUCUGUGGUUGCACGGAAUGGCCGAUCCAACAGUAUUGUUUGAAGCUGGACAAGCUGGCCCCCUUUCCUUGAACAAGCUGGCUUAUCCUGGUCUUGGUCAUUCAAUAAACAACAAGGAGUUGCAAUACCUGGAAUCAUGGAUCAAGACUCGUCUGCCAAGUUCUUCAUAG